AGUGUUUUCCACUAUGUUCAUUCAUUGUUUUCUGCCAACAGAUUCAUUUCAUUGGGAGCAACUGAGGCAGAAAAAAAGACAUCAUAUGAGAUGGAAGCUGGUAAGAUAACCGCGAAAGGUGUGGCUCUCAUCAUCGGAGACAGCAACAACAUCAGAGGUUCUCUUCACUUUCUUCAGCACCCAAAUGGGACCAUCCAUGUGACAGGGAGAAUAACAGGGUUGUCACCAGGCUUGCAUGCCUUCCAUAUCCAUGCUUUUGGUGACACCACCAAUGGCUGCAACUCCACUGGUCCUCACUUCAAUCCACUCAAGAAGGAUCAUGGGGCUCCUUCAGAUGAUGAGCGUCAUGCUGGUGAUUUGGGCAACAUUGUUGCUGGCCCUGAUGGAGUUGCUGAGAUUUCUAUUAGAGAUAGACAGAUUCCACUAACUGGAGUUCACUCCAUAAUUGGGAGGGCUGUUGUUGUGCAUGCUGAUCCUGACGAUCUUGGAAGGGGUGGACAUGAACUCAGCAAAACUACUGGGAAUGCAGGUGCAAGAGUAGCAUGUGGCAUCAUUGGGCUGCAGUCAUCUGUCUAGGAUAGUUUGCCACAGAUGGUGUAUAAAAUGUCAUCUGACUUAUGGAAGAAAUUACAAUCAUGCUGUAACUACUUUUAUAGCAACUCUCGUGACAAAUUAAAGUUCUACGCAUGUUUGUUUUGGGGCAUUCUCGCGUUCAUAUGCACGUUGAACGUCAAUCCUUGUCUCACGUUGGAUUGGCACUCACGUUGUUCCAAACAGUAACACACCUUAUAUUGUCACUUGGUUUGACUGCUUCUAGGUGAGGACUGGGGUGGAGUUGCUAUGCUUAAACUGCUUGUGAUGUUUAGUAAAUAUAAGCCACAAAAUGCAACAAAAGAUUAUAGUCAACAUUGUAUUCAAGUAGAUAAACACCAAGUCAAGGCCAGUCCAACAAUAAGUGAGCUCUAAAGCAAAAUUUGGGAGAGAAAUUUGUUCUUUACACAAAAAGGUAUAUGUUGAGCUUUUUGUCAACUUAUGAAGCUUUUUCAACAUUUGUGGUCUUUUUUUCUUUAUAAAUACUAAUAACACAUUUUUUAUUAGUGGUCCUAAUGGCUCAAGCUUUAGCAGUUUUACCCUUGGGCCGAUCCUGUACUAACCAUUGAGGCACUCCAUUCAAUAUUAAACAUGUGGGAAGUUGUAUGACAUGUUAAGAAUGAA